AGUAUCUUGUAUCACCAAAGCUGUGAGCGAACAAAGUGUGAGACGUAGACAGGAACCGCAACAAACAAAAGACCAGCAGUCAAAGCAGGAUGAAGGCUGAUCAUGAAGAUGUAGCCCUAAAUCAAAAGCAAGAACGAUACCUUUAUCUGGGCUGUCUAACCAAGAAACACCUGAUAAUGUUAUCAAUGGCUGUUGGACUUGUUAUCCUGAUCCUCAUCAUUGUCCCUGCUGUGAUUGUCACCAGAACAGCUCCUGUUUGGGUGUUUUCUACUGGUGGAGAUAUGCUGGAUUUUUUGGUUCAGUCAGGUGAAAUCAGCGAACAUGAUGGUCUCUUGGCAACCUGGUUUCACCGAGCCAACAGCAAGGAGCAAAUGAACCAGGCUCUUGCAUCUGAUGUUAUGAUCCUGGAGGCUGAUGUUACUCUGGAGGGUUAUGGAACACCCAAUCAGAGACCAGUCCCUAUCAUGGCUCACCCUCCUGAUGUCUAUAGUGACAACACCCUCGACCAGUGGUUGGAUGCUGUGUUGGACUCUAGAAAAGGGAUAAAGCUGGACUUUAAGGCUCUGGAGUCUGUUGUUUUCUCUCUGGACCUGCUGAAGCAAAAGAACAGUAGCAGAGGAAUAAACAGGCCUGUGUGGCUCAACGCAGACAUACUCCAAGGUCCCAACGUACCAAGCUUUGUGCCUACAAUCAAUGGAACCAGAUUUCUACAGUUGAUUCAAGAGACGUUUCCAGAUGUGACUUUGUCUCCUGGAUGGAUGGUUCUUUAUGUUCCUCCAAUUUUUAUUGGAACGUACUCCAGAGACAUGAUGGAAAACAUGUAUCAUAUGAUCAAAGACGUUCCUCAGAAGGUGACAUUCCCUGUCCAUUCUCUGCUGAUCCGCAGUGGUUGGCAGCACAUCAGCUGGCUGCUCAACCAGUCACCAAGGUUCACCUUGACUCUCUGGCACGGUUCAGAUCAUCCAAACAUCAGUGACCUGCUGUUUGUCCGGGACAACACCCGACCUGCAGAGGUCUACUACGAUAUCUAUGAACCCACGCUGUCAGAGUUUAAAGAGGCUGCAAAAAACCACAGUGGUGUCCGGAGGUUUUAUCCUGGAGGAAAUCUGAUGGACUUUCUUUAUCCAGUUCACGACUCAAACAGCAAAUUCCUCUCUCAUGUCACACAACAGAGCAGCCUGAGAGUGCAUUGGUUUCCAGUCACUGAUGAGGCCUCCCUGUUCGCUCGGCUCGCAGAUGAGAAUGGUGGGAUGAUGGUUCUUCAUGUAGUCUCCGACAGAAAACAACCUGGCGUUCCUGUGCUGGGAGAUUCUGGAAACAACUCCGACCCCUUCACACUGCAGUAUGUCCUUGAGCUCCUUGGGCAGAGAGCCAAUGCUCCCUGGGGUGUUUACCUUCGGUCUCACAAUCAUCAGCUUCUGGAAGCUUCCCUCAAACUGCUGCAGGCAGCCUACAGAACAGAGGAACUCUACAGACCCAUCUGGAUCAGCAUGGAAGGUUUACACAGCAGCACCAGCACAAAUGAUUUUGUGUCCAUAGUGGAAGACUUGUUUCCGUAUGUCACUGUGGUCUUUGCUGAGCAGAACUGGCCGCCUCGGAUCCCAGCAGCACUUACAGGCCUGUCCCAGAGGACUGCUGUACACCUGACUUCAGCAUCGCUGCUUAAAAGACCACAAGAAAUUCCCUCUCUGAAGCAGAUGGACAAAUAUGACUUUCUAGUGGAGGUGGACGAAAAGGACUCUGCAGAAGCUUUUGCCAUUUUGAAAAAGCUCAUGGCCCAACAAUCAGAAAAUGCAAAAACAAAUCUAUACAUGAUGACUGGCCAGUAGAAGAAGAAACUAAUGACACAAUCAUGUAAGGCUGGAUGUUGUCUCAUCUAGCAUGUUGGUAUUCAUGUUGGUGAUGUUAAGCUGAAAUUGUUGGAGAUUAUCUUGCAAAGUGUCCUUCAGUUGUUUGCUUUAUUUCUUUUCACUAAUCCAUGCACAAACAUACAGAUUAAAUUAUUAAGUAAACAGAA